GCUUCAAUGGAUAACGCGCUAAGCUAAGACUACUGAGAGACAGUGAAAGAGAGAGCGCCCACAACGCAAAACACUUCCUUCUGUUCGAACACACAUUACAGGAAAAAAAAUGGCUGCACUUUCCACUCCAUUGUUUCCCAACACUUCAUCUCUUCGCAAUUUGCCCUCUGCACGCCACCGUUUUAACUUCCUUGCACUUCGUUCACCCCUCCGAAUCACUUGCUCUGCUAGAAGACAUGUUUCAGAAUCGAAAGAAAUAAUUUCUCAUUUAAAGGAGCUUAGAGGCGUUGUUUGUGGCAUUCUUGCUUCUUGGGCUGUGACUUCUGCCUCUCCUGUAAUUGCUGCUAAUCUGAGAUUGCCUCCACUGUCAACAGAGCCAAACCGAUGUGAGCGUGCUUAUAUUGGUAACACAAUUGGUCAGGCAAAUGGCGUUUAUGACAAGCCAAUUGAUCUCCGCUUCUGUGAUUACUCAAAUGACAAAUCCAACCUGAAGGGGAAGUCUCUUGCUGCUGCUCUGAUGUCCGACGCCAAGUUUGAUGGUGCAGACAUGUCAGAAGUGGUGAUGUCAAAGGCUUAUGCUGUAGGAGCUAGCUUUAAGGGUACGGACUUCUCUAAUGCAGUAUUAGAUAGGGUAAAUUUUGAAAAAGCCAAUCUCCAGGGAGCCGUGUUUAAGAACACUGUAUUAUCUGGAUCCACCUUCAAUGAAGCUCAACUGAAAGAUGCCAGUUUCGAGGACACCAUUAUAGGCUACAUUGAUCUCCAGAAACUUUGUACAAAUACAAGCAUCAGUGAUGAGGGAAGAGCUGAGUUGGGAUGCCGAUGACCUUAAUCUAUCUUCUGUUUUGCAGUUUUCCUUUUGAUAAGAUCAUUAUGCAGGCUACUACAUACAAUAUUGGCAAAUUUCUGUAGUCCGAUAAUGGCAAAUAAUGUACCCUGAAGGCAAUUUGUCACUGGUUCUUCCGGUUUCUUGUUGGUUAUUGCAUUGAUUGACUGAACAGCAUGAAGAGUAUUGUAAUAACAGUUUGUGAACAUGCUCUAAUUAAAAACUUAAUAGUUAAAUAAUCAGAAAUUCAUACA